GCCAUUUCAGGUGUGGGUGCCAGUAGCUCCAGCCUGUCAGAAGGAAGCGGUGACCACUGAGGCACAGACACCGGGCUCCUGCUGGGGGAGAGGGUGUCACUAGCUACGUAGGGGCAGGACCCCGUUCCCCCACGGUAGGGGUGUUUCCCCCCCUCACUAGGGACCGCUCCGACCUCCACAGCACCACGCUCAGGUGCCGUUUGCCCGCACGCCCUGUGCUACUCUCAUGUUCACCGCUACGGAAAGACCCCGCGCCUGUAAUUCUCUCAAUAGCGGUUAGGCGCGCACCGCCGCCGCCUGCUUUAAAAAUCUGCCCCUUGCACGCGGGCGGGUAGCGCGGCUCGCACGCUGAUUGGGCACGGGGCGCGCUCAGUUUCGAAGCGAAGAGCACCGGGGGCGGGGCCCGCUGGUUGCCAAGGGUUACGAGGCUACACAAAUUACUGCCGGGCAGUGAGCAGCGAUCCCGGCGCUAGGGAGGCGGAGGGGCCGUUCCGUGCCUGCCCAGCGCACUACUAUUUUAUUUAUGGCUUCACCAGAGAAAAAACAAGAUUAUCCCUUUGUAGAUAUAUUUGAUGAAGAUGAAGCUGAAAAAUCCUUUCUGUUGUCUAAACCUACAUGCUUAAUUAUCCUUGGAAAGCCAGGUACUGGGAAGAAAACAUUAGCUAGAAAAAUAGCUCAGUUAUGGAAAUGCACACUCAUUGAAGCUUUGGAAGUAAUAGAAGAAAAUAUUACUGCAGGAACAGAAUAUGGACUUAAGAUGCAGGAAUUGCUUUUUGGAGGUCAAAGUAUUCCUGAAGAACUGAUUACAAAGAUGAUUCUGAAAAAGAUUGAGUCACCAGAAGUUGCUCACUUUGGUUAUGUUCUCAGUGGAUUUCCUUCUCUCUCAGAGGAAUACAUGACUAUUUCGGAGCAAAUAGAGAAAAUUAGAAAUCUAAAAUUAAAACCAAAUUUCCUGAUUAACCUUAAGUGUCCUGACUAUGAUUUGUGCCAAAGACUCUCUGGGCAAAGACAGCAUCCUGAUACAGGGCAGAUAUACCAAAGGAACCAGUGGGAUCCUGAAAUUAUUGACAAACGGAAGAAAAAGAAGGAUCAACAUAAAGAAGAAGAUGAGGAAGAAGAAGAGGAGGAAGAGCAGGAAGAAGAAGAUGAGGCAGCAGCGGAUGCAAUCAUGUUGUCAGAUAUUUUGCCGCAUUUGGUGCAGAGGCCUGAAGAUUUUUUGGAAAAUGCAGAAGCCAGGGUAAAUCUCUAUAAGGAUACCAUGCUAUAUCCUCUAGAGGAUAUGAUGGCUGAGCAAGAUUCUCAGUAUCUUAUUGAACUGGAUGGAAAUAAGCACCCAAAUGAGCACUUUGCAUCAGUGAUAGCCCGGCUUCAAUCCACAGGCCUUCGAAAUGGAGCUCUUAUAACCAGACUUCAAAACCCAGAAGAAGAGCUCUCAGAGGGGAUGGAAACUGAUGAACUUUUCCGGACUCUUUCAUCCUUCAAAAUAAUAGCACCUAGAUACCGAUGGUGCAGAAGUAGGUGGGGUCGAGCAUGUCCUGUAGCUUUAAAAGAGGGUAACAUUGUAAUGGGGCUUCCAGAUUUAGCUGUCAGUUUCCUAGGUAAAAUGUAUUUAUUUUCAUCUCAAGAAGCGUUGAGAGAAUUUAUGUUGAAUCCACGUCCCUAUCUGCUACCACCUAUGCCACUUCCUCCUUGUAAAGUAGUAGUAUUUGGACCUCCAUUGUCUGGAAAAACAACUCUUUGUAACUGGAUUGCAAACAAAUAUAAAGGAAAGGUUCUUGAUAUGGACAAACUUAUUCAACCAUUCAUGGAAGAAGCAAGGGAAAAAAUCAUUGAGCAAGCUCGUAUUGAUGCAAUAGAUGUUGCUAUUACAAAAGUGAAAAAUAAGCUGGAAAUAGAAAAAAUGUUAAAAGAGCAAGCUGCAAUAGAUGCCCAAGAAACUGGUAGUUACAAAGAAACAGAUGAAUAUGAAGAAAGUGAGGCCACUAAGCCUGAGGAAGAAAGAAGCAUAGAAGAGCAGAGUAGAGAUACAAGAUCUGACACCAGCAAAGAAAAGACUGACAAUUCUUCAGAACAAGAAGCUGAAUCAUCAGUGGAUACUAAAGACACCACUGAGGCUACUUCCACGUCCAGAACCGAUGGAGAAGGAACCACAGAAGAACUAAAUGAAGAUACAUCAGAGUCAGAGGUAACUGCUGAUCACCCAGAAGUUCAAGUUUUGGUAGAAGAAGCUGUAAAAAUUGCAGCACAAUCUCCAGUAAUGCUACUGGCUGAAGUAUAUGCUGAAGCAUUAGAGGAAGCCAUUACAGAGCUCACUAAGAAGAACAAAGACAGGUUUCCUGGGGCUCCAGAAAAAGGAGGAUGGGUACUGGAUAACUAUCCUACAACAUCAGAGCAUUGGUUAGCCUUGUCAGAAAAAGGCCUCUUACCUGACACUGUCGUCUGUCUUAAGAACAUAGAAAAAAAUGGAACAUUUUUACUACGCAGACUAUACGUAACAAAUAAAGAUGAAAUUAAUUCUAAGAUUUUGGGAAGACUUACAGAUGAAGCAUUAAAAAAGCAAAAAGAGGAAGAAGAAACAAGGAGAGAACUGCAAGAGGUGCUGAAAUUAAAAGAAGAAAACCAGCAACCUAUAAAGCCUGCUGAAGACCAAUAUGAAAAAAUGGUAGAAUCAGAGAGUCACCUUGAAACAAAACAACUAUCUCAGGAACAGUCUGAUUUCAGUGAGGUUCAAGAACCUGAACCUAAACUUGAAUCAGAAUCAAGAGACAAAUCUCCACUUGAAACAGAAGCAAUACUUCAGGUACAACCUGACCGCACCAAAGGGGUUGUGGAACCUAAACCUGAACCAGAAAUCAUGUUACCUGAGUUUCCAGAGGAUGGUUUUCCAGAUGUACCAGAAAUAGAGCCAUUUAAAGAGAAGAUUAAACUAUUCAUGCACAACUGGCAAAUACUAGAGUCAGGAAUCAAUGAUUCAUCUUUAAUUCAGACUGCUGUUUUAGAGAUUGCUGGGCAAACUCCAGAAACACUGCUUAAUCAAAUUGUCCUGGUGAUGGAAAAACCUUUUAAAUAUUAUGGCUGGGAAAUAUCUCCAGAAGAUCUAGAUGAAGAAGCAGAAGAUUUGCAGGCAGAAGGGGAGACUGAUGAAGAAUUAGAAGAGGAAGAGCAAGAAGAAAAUGAUGAAGAUGAAGAUAAAAUUAAUGAAAAGAAGAGACACAUGGGAGACACCAAACACUUUUGUCCAGUGAGUCUGAAGGAGAACUUUGUCCUUUUCCCAGGGAUUGCUGAACAUGGAGCUAUAUAUCGAGAAAAAUUUUACUAUUUUUCAAGUCCUGAAUCCAGAGAAAAGUUUUUGGAGAACCCUGAGGAGUAUGUUGCUCACAAGGAACCAUUACAAGCUCCUCCCUUAAGAGUGUGCCUGCUGGGCACACAUGGAGCAGGUAAAACUAUCUGUGGCCGAUGGCUAGCUGACAAAUUAGGAAUUUUCCAUAUUCAGUUCGAAGAACGUCUACAGGAAAUGAUCAUGCCCAAAACUGAAAAGAGAGUUGGACUUGAAUUUGAUGAGGAACCUGAGGAAGAACAGAUUGACAUGGAAGCUGUCUUUCAGGAAUUGGGGGACUCCUCUCAGACCAAUACAGAAACAGAAACUGAAAGUGAAAGUGCACAUGAAAAUGAAAAUAACAAAAAUAAAGAGAUGAAGGAAGUGGUGUUAACUGAUGAGGAAGAAAUAAUCAAAGCGAACAUAUUAGAUAAUGAGGCAUUGACACCAGAAAUACUUGAUAAAAUUGUUCCUGAGUGGUGGACAAAUGAGCCAAUCCGAUCCACAGGAUUUAUACUGGAUGGUUUCCCUCGUACAUUUGAGGAGGCCCAGUACUUAUCAGAGCGAGGACUCUGUCCUGAUGUUGCAGUUUUUAUCCAAGUAGAAGAAAGUGACAUUUGUGAUCGUCUUCUUCCUCCACGUUUGAAAAAAUGGAGGGAUAGACAAAAUAAAAAAAUGGAAAAUAAGAAGAAGCUGAAAGACAUGAAAGAAAAAAUAAAGGAAGAGAAGAUUGCCAAAAGAAGGUCAGAACUUUUAGCAGAGCAAGCUAAAAAGAAAGAGGAGGCUGCAGCAUAUAGGGAAGAGGAGGAGGCUAGUGACGAAGAGGAUGAAGAUGAAGAAGAAGAUAUUGAAAUGAUUCUUGAAGAAGAGUUCCCAAAAGAGGAAGAGGUAGAUGAGGAAGAGGAAGAGCAGGAGGCUGAUGCUGCUGAACGCAUGAAAAAUGAAAUUACAGAAAAGUAUGAAACAGAUAGUAAUAAUUUACAAGGAGUACAGGAAGAACUUGAAAGGUUGCUGAUACCACAAAUCACCAUCAAUGGAGGACGAAAACCUCACAUUGUACGUUACCAAUUGUAUAGCAAAUUGAAGCAUCUAGUAGAAAAUCGAGAAAGCAUUUUUGAGAAAUGUUACCCAAUAAGUUUGCCACUUGCACGCAAGAUGUUGGUUCUCUCUUACAAACAUCCCAGUUCUUUUGGUCAGUGGGACCCAAUCAAGCUAAGUGAAGGAGAUGUAAUCAAACCUUUCCAAAACCAACAGACUCCAAGCUUGCCUGUAAUCCACCGACAAUAUAUUUAUUUCUUUUCAAGUAAAGAAAAUAAAGAAAAUUUUAUGAAAAAUCCUAUUAAGUUUAUCCGUCAGCCAAAACCCAAGCCAUCUGUGCCAGUUAAGAUAGCAAUUGUGGGACCUCCAAAAUCCGGGAAAACUACAGUUGCUAAGAAGUUUGCAAGUGUCUAUGGGUUAAUGCGCUUAUCUGUGGGAGAUGCUAUGCGACUAGUGUUAAACAAUCAGCCAGAGAGCGAGUUGGCACUUAUGUUAAAGUGGCAUCUUCAUAAAGGACUGACUGCACCUGAUGAACUGGCCAUCCAGGCUCUAGAAGUGGCUCUGAUGGAUCAUGUGUGCAGCACUGCUGGAGUUGUUAUUGAUGGAUAUCCUGUAACAAGAAAACAAGUAAACGUCUUGGAAGCAAUGAGAAUAAUUCCAGUGAAAAUCUUUGAGUUACAAGUGGAUGCAAAGGAGCUUUUUAGAAGAGCACUGAUAGACAAGGAAAGCAUUGACAGUCCACCGUACCCUAUACAUGACAGCUCACAGAUUCUAGCUAUUCAGAACUCUUGCUAUAAAAAGCAAAUUGAUGCUAUUAGGACAUACUAUGAGAAGGAACAUCAGAACUGGUGUGUGGUUGAUGCAUUCCGCAGCAAGUGGUGGGUCUGGAACAAAAUAUUUGAGGAAGUUCAGGUGAUCAUUAAACAGAUCCAGACAUAUUUGGAAAGAAUAAGAGAAGUGUUGUUGUAGCCGUGUUGGUCCCAGGAUAUUAGAGAGACAAAGUGAGUGAGGCAAUAUCAUUCAUUGGACCGACUUGUAUUUGUGAAAGAGACAUGCUUUCGAGCAACACAAAGCUACACAGACAUCCUGAAGAAGAGCUGUAUAGCUUGAAAGUUUGUCUUUCACCAACAGAAGCUGAUCCAAUAAAAGAUAGUACAUCACCUACCAUGUCUCACUAAGGUUUUGUUUUUUUACUGAGUAUACACUCAACCUUAACAAAAUUUUUGUUUGUCUGGAAAUUUCUUUCUUUUUAGUUUUUUUGCAGGGAGGGGAGGAGUUGGUGAGGUUGGAAAGCAAGGAACUAGGAGUCAUAGGAAGGCAGGAAACAGAAGCUUUACUUGGUCCUUGGCUCCUUAGCAGUUCUCUGUGAGUUAUAUAUCACAGAUUCCUCAGGAUCCAUAUGUUGAUUCCUCUUCUCCUAGUAAGGAUUCUGUUGCUAUCUGCCACUCUGUGAAGGCAUUACAGAUUCUGCUACUGUGAAGUACAGAAGCAUCUUGCAGGAGAUGUUUUGCCAGAGGAUGGAAUUUGAUAACAAAGUGUCUCUGCAAAGCCUGCCUCCGCUCCCUGGCUUCUUCAUGGAAGAAGCCUGAGUGGAUGGGCGGGGUGAAUGGGAGUGCUUACUAUUUGGGAGUGUAGUGAGUACACUGAUUCUAUUGUAGUUUUUAAAGACUGCAUGCAUACAAAGCAUCCAUAUACAAUCUUCACAUUUUUAUUAAGUUUAAAUACAUGAAUAAAUAAAUCCCUGGCCUCUCUGAGGAGACAAUCCCAUUUAGACAAAUCUGCUAGCAAUAGGAGGAUAAGAGCUGGUGCCUGAGAUCCAGGAACACAAAAGUAGAGGCAGAUACUUUCUCUUCUUCCAAAUGUAACUGGGGUGAGGGGUAUAAGUGGUGAACUAACGUAAUAUGCAUUGAUUUGGUAUUAGUAUGAGUACAUAACAAAUGUUACUUGAAUUGGUUUGUUGUUCUGAGGGGAACAAAUUGCUAUUCUUUGGGGAUCAAAUACAGUCCUGGCAUAAACUGACACAUUUUAAUUGUUGAGUUAUCUUACACCAGGGUUGAGUUUGGCCACAGCUAUCCUUGAAGAUGGUGCAAUGUAAGUUAGAAUGCAUGCUGCCUUAUUUUACACCCUCCUUGUGCUUCUCCUGUUACAACCCUCAUACUGGCAUCCAAACUUCAAUCUUCUAAACUUCAGUUAUAACCCAAAUAAUAUUUAAUUCCUCUUUAAUCUAGAAUUUGAACAUAUAAACUGCAUUUUCUUAGAUAUUUUAUUCCAAAAGAUCUUGAAGAACUCUGUUAUCUAGACCCUCAAGUUUGUAAUACUGGGGUGAAUAAAUGAGAAUUCUUAAUCACAUUCUAAUUUAAACUCAUUCUCAUCCAUGUCAAGAAAUCAAAUAACAAUUGAAAUGUUCCUUUGCAUCAGAGGAAUGAAGCAGUACACCUGUAAUGCUAAACUACCUCAAAGAAAUCUGACUAAUAAAUUAAUCAUGAGUAGGCUCUUGCAACAUUAGCUAUUGUAUUUCUUAAGUAAUUGCUAAAGAAAAGAUUACCAACAUAAAUUAAUAAAAUAUAUUGCAACCUAGUUACUUUAAUAAUCAAAUUAUUUAUAAAGAUUGCCAAUUCGUGAUUCUCAUAAUUGAGUAUAAGCGUUACAUUUCCACAAUUAAUAUAAUCCUCAAAAACUGCGACAUUUUGUACUGCAUAUGAAAAAUGUUUAAAAGUUACAAAAUAAUAUUUUAUUCCAUUAUCGACAGGAAAAGCAGCCAGUAUUGCUGAUUUAUGUAUCACACCCCAAGAGCUGCAGUCUCGCCU